ACACUGCGCAUGCGCAGAAGAUCUGCUUCCUUGGUUAGCAGCAGUUACAGAGAGCACGCGCGUGUAUUUGCUCUUUCAACUCGCCAAAAUGCUCAAGUUCCUUCCAAAAUUAUUACUCUUGCUGUUGCUGGCGUUCCCGGCGACCAUUUUUAUGAAAGGCACAUUAGUAGCUGCGCAAGAUGUUACAGAAGAAGAAGAGGCAGCUGAUGAAGAUGCUACUGAUGACGUGAUUGCUGAAGAUGAGGAUGACGAAGCAGAGGUGGAAGAUGAUGAAAACACAGAAUUGACUGAAGAAAAAGAUGAAGAGGAAGAAGACGAAGCUCUGGCAGGAGAGAUGAAGCCUUCCCCUAAUGCCGAUACGACUAUUCUGUUUGUUAAAGGAGAAGACUUUCCAGCCAACAACAUUGUGAAAUUCCUGCUGGGAUUCACAAAUAAAGGCAGUGAAAAUUUUGUGAUCGAGUCUCUGGACGCUUCUUUCCGCUACCCUCAAGACUUUCAGUUUUACAUCCAGAAUUUCACUGCUCUGCAGCUGGGCACAGUGGUGCCUCCACAGCGCCAGGCCACGUUUGAGUACUCCUUCAUCCCAGCUGAGCCCAUGGGCGGUCGCCCCUUCGGCCUGGUCAUAAACCUCAACUACAAAGACAGCAAUGGCAACAUUUUCCAGGAUGCAGUGUUUAACCAGACAGUCACCGUCACUGAGAGAGAGGAUGGCCUGGAUGGAGAGACGAUCUUCAUGUACGUGUUUCUCUCUGGCCUUGGGCUUCUGGUGGUUGUUGGCCUGCAUCAGCUCCUGGAAUCUAGGAAGAGGAGGAGACCUGUGGCCAAGGUGGAGAUGGGGACCUCCAACCAUAAUGAUGUAGACAUGAGCUGGAUCCCUCAGGAGACACUCAAUCAGAUCAUGCAGAGUCGGAGAGAUAAGGCUUCCCCCAGAAGGUCACCCCGUAAGAGGACGCAGAAGCGCUCUGCUGGAUCAGAUGAGUGAAGAGGGAGUGUAGCUUUGUGGCCCUUGGCUGUAUGGUGCAUGCUACUGAGCACAGUUUGACCAUCAUACAACAAUGCCUAUGGACUGGUCAAUACACACAUACAUCUUUACCAGUAUGGUCACAAUUAAUAAAAAAAAAAAAAGAUAUCACAAAUAAGCCAAAAAAGAAAGUUUGACAACAAUGAAAAGCUACUCCAGCCACUGUAAUAGUGUAAUUAUUUUUCUUUUUUCUCAUUUUGCUUUUUUUUGGGAGGAGAUUAGUCUUUUUUGACAUUUUGCUUUUUAAUCUAUGGAUAAGAGGCAUAAUUACGUGAGUUUUGUUUCUCGAAAGCCAUGCCUGUUGUAAUUUUUUUUUCUUUCUUGGCACUGAUUGUCUUCAUGCACACGUGUAUGCUUAGCUGGGUCUUCCUCACUAAUUCGGUCACUUGUUGCUCGCCAAUACAAGUGUGCGUUUGCCACGUUUUUAAAGUGCACUGUUUUUUUGGGCUAUUUUAUUCUGCCAUUUUGGUUUUUGGAGGAUUUCUGACUGAAUGACAGCCAGUUGUAAUAAUGGACUCCUUAGCUCCCAGAUUGUGCCUAUUUUUCUGAUUCUCUGUUGUCUUUUCACCUCUCAGAAUGUUCUCAGACUCAGUUUUACAAGCGUGUGUUCAGGAUUUUAAAUCCCCACAUAUGAUUUCAGAGAGCACUGAUAGUACAUACUGGGUAGUGCUUGGGAACAAGGAGGCUGUAGAGUAAUUUAUUUCUUGUUGGGUCUGUUUGGUUUUUUUUUCUUUCUUCCCUCUCUAUAAUGUCUUGUGGCAUGAAUUUGGAUGCCCAUAAUUAAUAUUGUGUGCUUUAAAAGCAUAGUACACUACUGUAUGCAAAUAGGCCCUUAUAGUUCCUGUGGGCUUUGCCAUCCCAUGGUAUAUCAGCAAUCUUUAGACAUGUACAUGCUUUUUAAUAGGUGUGUGAUUUAUUGACCGAUAACUUUCUUAUUGGUGUUUUUAAGGUUGACAAAUACCUUUUUGAGAAUCAUUUACAUGUAGAAAUGUAAGAGUGACCCAAUUGAGGCAUAAGUUGAAACCAGACAGUUCACGGGGUAUAUCAAUUUAGUCAUUGCUUUCUCCCCGUGGGACUUUUAGAUCUGCUCUACUUUGCAAAGACUAAAAAAAUUGUUCCCAUUUUUUAUUGAAAAAUUGGUGCAAUUAAAGACUGCCCAUGCAAGUAUUAAUGAUUUAAAAAAUAUUAAGAUUGUGGGUUCAUAUGGAAAAGUACAAAAUAAAGCUGGACAUAAAUGUG